AUGAACCCAAAGCAAUUUAUGAUUAAUUGCUCAAUGUCAGAGCUCAAUGCAAUCAAGACCGUUUUCCCAGAAUCAAGUGUGUCCAUUUGUAAAGGGCAUAUUCUUCGUGAUCUAAGUGAGAAAGCCAAGUCAAUAUUUAACAAUGAAGUCACACAAAAGGAAGCAGUUCAUAAGCUUGAAACUGUCUUGAAUUCAACACAAGAGGAAGCAGCGCAAAAAUUGCAUGAACUUAAAGAGCAAUUUGUAGACUACCCAAAUUGGUUUGAUUAUUUUACGUAUUACAAAACUUUACUACCAUAUUUGAUUAAUGAUGCAGAUACAUCUUUCAGCACUACCAAUAACUAUGAAUCGUGGUACAGCACUAUUGAAUCCAAAUUCAUCAAAUCAAUAAGGAAACAUACUCCAGACGACCUACUCUGUGUUUUAUACAAAGAAGUUAUUCCGUUUUAUACAACACAACAUGAUGAUUACUAUGUUAGAGGAAAAAGAUUUCAUUUAAAUGAAGCAGAACGUGAUGCUGCUUAUAGUUUUUCUGAUGAGGAUAUAAAGACGCUUGUUGAACUUCAGGAUAGGACAGGUUUGGUAAAAUCUUCAAGGGAUAAUAACCUACCAUAUACUGUUACUAUUGAACACGGUCAAGUUACAUGUACAUGCAACACCGAAAGGGAUGAUCGUACAUGGUGUAAACAUCUUUACAUGUACCAUAGGAAGAGACUCUUGGUUUUUGGCGAUGCCAUUGCUGAGGACCCGCAGGAUUAUUUAUCUGACGAGAGUGAAUAUGAUGAUGGGUCUUUUUCAGAUACUGAAUUAGACAAUGAUUAUCAGAACAAGCAAGAUGGAGAAGUUCAUCAUGAUGAUGGAUUUGAUUUCUCAAACUAUGAAGAUUCCCUGGAUGUGGUAGAUCCAACAACUUUGACCAGCUCGACAGAAGCAAUGACUAUACAAUCUGAUCAGAGUACCACGCCAGCAAACAUACCCCAAAAAUUCCUUGAAGAGUUGGAUAAGGAAUUGAGAGGUUAUAUGAAGUGCAUUUCGGAAAAUUUUGAGGAAGUAUAUAAAAACUUGCCUGAGAAAGUUAAUGAAUUUGUACACAUUUCAAAAUGCUUUAAGGAACAUGCUGAAAGUUUGACAACUGGUGAACAAGAUCUUGCUCAUAACCGAAAACGCAGAAAAAAAAAAAGUAAUUAG